AUGGCCCGAGAUCAAACCGUCUAUGAUGACCUCAGACUGACGACAGAAUCGGAAGUUCCCAUUUACGGAUCUGAUUCCGCCGAAACCGUCACCUACUCCCCACCAAUUUCGCUUUAUCUCGCUACUUUCUGUCGCCGCCAACACUACUACUGGUACAUGUGUGUUAAGAAUGGCACGCCGCCUAUAGGUAUGACGGACCUUGAUUGCGGUAGCUUCGUCACUAUUAUAGUUGAAGAGCGAAGAGCGAAGGACGAAGGACGAAGAACGAAGAACGAAGAACGAAGAACGAAGAGCGAAGAGCGAAGAGCGAAGAUCGAAGAGCGAAGAGCGAAGAGGGAAGAGCGGAGAGCGGAGAGCGAAGAACGAAGAACGAAGAACGAAGAACGAAGAACGAAGAACGAAGAACGAAGAACGAAGAGCGAAGAACGAAGAGCGAAGAGCGAAGAGCGAAGAGCGAAGAACGAAGAGCGAAGAACGAAGAACGAAGAACGAUACACGAACUGUGAAAUGUAA